CAGCAGGACUCUGGGACCUCUGGGUUUGGCUGCACGGCUGUAGGAGGUAGAGUCAUCCCAUCAUGGAGGUCACAACCCGUCUGCUCAUCUUCUUUAUCUUCAUCAUCACUGCUUGUUCAGGCAGCGUCUCUGCCCAGAGAGACUGUGAAAACGCCACUGUGGCUGACAUCGUCUUCCUGGUCGAUGGUUCCACCAGCAUUGGUCCUCAAAGCUUCCAGGAGGUCCGAAAUUUCCUCCACAACAUCAUCGAGGUCCUGGACAUCGGUCGGAACAAAAUCCGGGUUGGUCUGGCUCAGUACAGUGACGACACAUACCAGGAGUUCUUACUUAAUGAACACACGGACAAGAACUCUCUGCUGGCCGCUGUGGAGACACUACCAUACAGAACAGGAGGCACUGAGACCGGGAAGGCCCUGGAUUUCAUCAGGGAAAAGUACUUCACUGCACGUGCUGGAAGCCGGGUCAAUGAGCGGGUUCCUCAGAUUGCUGUGGUCCUCACAGAUGGGGAAUCUGUUGAUGAUGUGGAGCUCCCAGCCCGUCAACUGAGGCAGCAUGGAGUCACGGUGUUUGCCAUUGGGGUGGGAGAUGCAGUAAGGUCACAGCUCCAGGCCAUCGCCAACUGGCCACCAGAUGACUUCCUCCUCACCAUCGACAACUACCAGGGUCUGAGGGGCCGGACUGAGAAGCUGCUGAGAAGUGUGUGCAUCUCAGUGGAGCGGCAGCAGACAGCCUUGCAGGACAGGUUUGCGGAUACUUUCUUCUUAGUGGACAGCAGCAUAUCGCAACAACAGUUUAACCUGUUUAGGUCUGAACUUGUCAAACUGAUCAAUCAAGUCAAUGCCUCAGCACCCACCUACCGCAUCGGCCUAGCCCAGUUUGAUCAGGAUACCAGGGUCGAUUUCUACCUCAACACUUUUCGAAACCGACAACAGAUUGUGAACAAAGUGCGUCGUUUCCGGCUGACCCCUCCAACCAAUGGCCAACCGCUGAGACUGGGCUCAGCUCUGCUGUCAGCUCAAGACUUCUACACAUCAGACCGGGGUGGCCGAGCAGACCAAGGCUCCAGGCAGUUCCUAGUGGUUGUCAGUGGAAAAGAGUCAGAUGAUCCAGUGAUACGGGCUGCUCGUAAGAUCAAAUCUAAAGGAGUAACUGUGGUUGGGAUGAGUGCAGGAGCUACAGAGGAAACAUUACAACAAUUUGCGAGCCCUGGAUAUGUUUUCACCUCUCCCAGAGUCACCAGUCUGAAAAACACUAUCAUGAUUGAGAAAAAAGAGGAGGUUACUGAAGAUUGCAAAGGAGCCAAUGUGGCAGACAUUGUCUUCAUUGUGGAUGAGUCGGGGAGUAUCGGGGACUCAAACUUCCAGCUUAUUCGUACUUUCUUGCAUUCGAUUGUGAGCAGCCUGGAUGUGGGUCUUAACAGAGUUCGAGUUGGGAUUGUUACAUACAGUGACAGCGCCACACCACAUGUCUACCUUGACACCUUCAGAGACAAGGCAGAAGCCCUACAGUUCAUCAAGACUCUACCCUAUCGGAGAGGGGGGACAAACACAGGAGCUGCACUGAACUUUACAAGGGACAAUAUUUUUAUUGAGGAAAAAGGCAGCAGGAAGGACUUCCAGCAGGUGGCGGUAAUUAUCACAGAUGGUCAAUCCCAGGAUGAUGUCUCUGAAGCAGCAAGGUCUCUCCGUGAUAAAAAUGUCAACGUUUAUGCAGUUGGAAUAGAAAAUGCAGACAUUACUGAACUGGAAAAGAUGGCGUCUCACCCACCCAGCACCCAUGUGUUUAAUGUGACCUCUUUUACUGAUCUGAAACCUCUGAAGACUGAACUGCAGAGAACCCUGUGCGAUAACAUCUUUAAACGGGUCGUCACAGAAAACACAAGAAAGACAAACAUCAAAGAAGCGUGUACACAAAAGGAUGAAUCAGACUUCUUCUUCCUGAUUGAUGACUCUGGAAGCAUUGAACACUCUGACUUCUACGACAUGAAGAAGUUCAUCAUUGAAUUCCUUCAUACAUUUCAUAUUGGGCCUCAACAUGUGCGCAUGGGUCUUGUGAAGUACGCAGGUUCACCAACACUGGAGUUUGAUCUGACAACGUACUUGGAUACAAAAGCACUGGAGAAAGCUGUGGAACAAGUUCAGCACAUAGGAGGUGGGACAAAUACUGGAAGAGCCUUGUCAUUCAUGAGCCGCUACUUUCAAGCAGCAACCCAAAGUCGUGAAGGGAAGGUCCCACAGUAUCUGAUUGUUAUCACUGAUGGGAAAUCCCAAGACUCGGUGAAGGGUCCUGCAGAUGAGCUGAGGGAACAGGGUGUCACCAUUUUUGCCAUUGGGGUUAAAAACUCCAGUCAAUCUGAGCUUCUGGAAAUCACCGGGGAUAGCAAGAGAGUUUUCUAUGUCCAGGAUUUUGAUGCUUUGAGGACCAUUAACAAAGAAAUCUUCACAGAAAUCUGCAUUCCAGAUGCUUGUAAGAACGUACCAGGUGACCUGAUCCUCUUAGCUGACAGCUCUGAGAGUAUCACUAAUGAAGACUACCUGCAGAUGAAGGACUUCAUCAAAUCUGUUAUUAAUAAGGCAAAGGUUGGACAAGAUCAGGUCCAUGUUGGUGUGAUGCAGUACAGCAGCAACAAUAGACUGGUGUUUGAUCUGAGUCAGUACUACAGCAAAGAGGAGAUGUUUGGAGCUAUUGAUAGAAUGACGCAUAUGAAAGAAGGCACAAAGACAGGAGCGGCCAUUGCAGCAGUGUCACAGUACUUUGAUGAAGCCAAUGGAGGGCGCCCUCACCUGUGGAGGAAGCUGGUGGUGAUAACAGAUGGUGUAUCCAAUGACCCAGUGAAAGUCCCCGCUGAAAGGCUGAGGGCCAAAGGAGUGAAGAUCUAUGGUAUUGGAGUGGGCAGGGUGAAUAGCACUCAGCUAAAGGAGAUCACUGCUUCAUCAGAUAGAGUCUUCAUUAAACGCAACUUCGAUGCUCUGGAGGAACUGGUGGGCCAGAUUGCACUGGACCUCUGUGAUCCCGACAGAGAUUGCAAGAAGAUACAGGAAGCAGACAUUAUCUUCUUGGUGGAUGGUUCCACGAGUAUAAAUGAUGAUCAGUUCCAGAGCAUGUUGAAGUUCAUGGAGUCAGUAGUGAAUGACAGUAGUGUUGGUGAGACCUUGACUCGCUUCGGGGUCAUUACCUUUGCUACUGAUGUCAGUUCCCAGUUUACUCUAAACAAGUAUUACUCCAAGCACAGUGUUCUUAAAGCAGUAAGGGACCUAAAACCACCAGGAGGAGACACAUACACCAGUAAGGCCUUAAAGUAUUCAGUGCAGUACUUUGGCAGUAAAUAUGGUGGACGGGCAGCACAAAAAGUGCCUCAGAUUCUUAUGGUGAUCACCGAUGGUGCUGCCACUGACCCCGCUGGACUGAAGUCAUCAUCUGACGAACUGCGAAAGCAUGGAGUCAAAGUGUUCAGUAUUGGGGUGUUUGAAGCAAACAGAGAAGAACUGCUGACGAUGGCUGGUGACGACCCAUCCAAAGUCUUCUCUGUGACUAAUUUUAAGGACCUGGAAACUCUGUACCAAGUAAUUUCCCCUGAGUUAUGUGAUGCUGUCGAUGUGUGUAAAGUUGAGAAGGCUGAUUUGGUCUUCCUGUUGGAUCAGUCCUCCAGCAUUAGUUCAGAUGACUACACCAUUAUGCUCAACUUCACAGCUACAGUGGUAAAAUCAUUCAAGAUUGGGCAGGACUUUGUGCAUGUUGGAGUUGCACAGUUCAGUGAUGAUCCACAGGAUGAGUUUUAUCUCAAUGAAUACAACAACAAGGAAGAGAUUGUCAAACACAUCCUGAAUAUGAAGCACAGUGGAGGGGAAACCAACCUUGGAAAAGCCUUAAAAAGAAUUGCAGACUAUUUUACUCCGGCACACGGCAGUCGCACCUCCCCCACAAUCCCUAAAUAUCUGGUGGUAUUGUCAGAUGGAAAUUCUCAAGAUGAAGUGGUGGACGCAGCCAAUGAUUUGAAGUCUAUGGGGGUUGUAACAUUUGCCAUCGCUAUUGGAGAUGCAAACCCCGUGCAGCUGCAGCAAAUCACUGGCAGCUCUGAGAGGCUGUUCACUGUGACAUCCUUCAGUGGACUGCCAGACAUUACACGCAAGGUCACUGACAAACUGUGUGAGCAAGAUGAACCCGCCAAAGACUGCACCAUCGACAUCGCCGUGGGCUUUGAUAUUUCUCAGAGAAGAGAAUCUCCCGGCGAGGUGCUGGUCAGUGGUCACACCAAGCUGCAGACCCUCCUACCAGAGAUCAUCCACUAUGUGUCCACAGUUCAGGGUAUCAAUGCUACUAUCAAGACCAACAUAGCUUUUGCAGUGGUGGGUCCUGAUGGAAGCUUCUGGUACGACACAAACUUUGAGCCCUACACUGAGGAGGUGGUGAGGAAAGUAAUAACUUGGCCAGUGACGCGGCCAACGUACCUCAACAGGGCCAUGUUGACCACCUUCAAAGACAUGUUCAAGACGAAAUCGAGAGCUCAAGUGAAGGUUUUGCUGAUCUUCUCAGAUGGACCUGAUGAUGAUAUAAUGAGCCUGAAGAAUGAGUCUGAGCUGCUGCGACAGUCUGGGGUCAGUGGUCUUCUCACCGUGGCUUUGGAGGAUGUUCAUGACCCUCAUCAGCUGCAGUGGAUUGAGUUCGGACGAGGGUUGGGAUACGGGCUCCCUCUGAGUAUCGGCAUGUACAGCAUCGGCAGCACUAUCCUCAAACAGAUUGAAACCAUGUCAGAUCAGGAGUGCUGUGGUGUCUUCUGUAGAUGUUCAGGAUCUGAUGGCCCCCGAGGAAUUCCAGGCAAACCUGGAUCAAAGGGCAUUCCAGGACUGAAAGGUCGGCAGGGUUUCCCAGGAGAAGAGGGAACAAUGGGUGAUAGAGGACCACCAGGACCUGACGGACCUAAAGGUAUCCAGGGCUGUCCUGGAGUCAGAGGCUUCAAGGGCUACCGUGGGAGGUCAGGCAACAUGGGAGAAGAUGGAGAGGACGGACUGGAUGGAGUGGGUGGGGAACAGGGAAUGAAAGGAAAAGACGGAGCUCCAGGAAACAAAGGAGACUCAGGAAACCCAGGUAUCCCAGGUAUCAGAGGGGAGCCAGGACUAAAAGGACAGAGAGGACUGAGAGGAGAUCCAGGUGACCGGGGUCGUGAUAACAAUGUCCCAGGACCGAAAGGAGAACCUGGCAACCAGGGUUUACAGGGUCCACAAGGAGGCAACGGAAAACCAGGAGAUAAUGGAGAAGAUGGAGAGCCGGGUGUAAAUGGACGACCAGGACAGAUGGGUGAGAAGGGUGCUCCUGGAGAACAGCCAGGUCCACCAGGACUCCCAGGUUCCCCAGGAUCUCCUGGAAACCAGGGAACCCAAGGGGAGAAGGGUGAUUCUGGACCGAUGGGGCUCCCUGGAUUUCCUGGACGUCAGGGUGACCCUGGACCAGCUGGAGGAUCAGGACAGAACGGGAAGUCAGGUCCAAGGGGAUUGAAGGGUCAACCAGGAGAACCAGGUCUAAAAGGAGUUAAAGGCUCACAAGGACAGACAGGACACCCGGGUCAUGAUGGAAGAGAUGGAUACGGACCUCCGGGACCCAAAGGUGACAAGGGAAGUCCUGGUUUUCCUGGUUAUCCUGGUUUACCGGGUGAAGAAGGCACCAAGGGAGGCGAAGGAUUCAAAGGACAGAAAGGGAACCCAGGACAGGAUGGGAACUCGGGUCAACCAGGAGGUCCAGGUACUGUUGGGGAUCCAGGACUUAAAGGACGCAAGGGUCGCAAAGGUCCCCCUGGAGGCCAAGACAUGACUGAAUGUGACCUAAUCUCCUUCAUCAGAAAGAACUGUGAGUGUUGCAAAGGGGCAUGGUGUCCGCUCUUCCCCACUGAGCUGGUGUUCGGUCUGGACAUGUCUCAGGGUGUGACCUUGGAGGCUUUCAACCAGCAACGCUCUGCUCUCGUGUCUCUGCUCAACGACACCACCAUCGCUGAGAGUAACUGUCCAAAAGGUGCCCGGGUGGCCGUGGUCAGCUACAACCCCCACACCAACUAUCUGAUCCGUUUCCAUGACUACCGUCGCAAGACUGAGCUGAUGGACUUGGUGAGGAACAUCACCCUGCAGACGACGUCUGACCAGCGUCAGCUGGGGGCCGCCAUGCGCUUUGUGGGUCAGACCAUCUUCAAACGAGUCCGUUCAGGAGCCAUGAUGAGGAAGGUGGCCGUGUUCUUCACCAACGGACCAACGGAGGACACUUCUGACAUCGUCACCGCCAUGAUGGAGUACAGAGCGUUGAACAUCAUCCCAGUUGUCAUCUCUCUGACCAGUGCUCCAGAUGUUCAGCAGGCAAUGGCAGUUGAUGACUCAGGAAGGUCGAUCUUCCUUGUGAGGGAGAAUCUGGAGAAUCCAGAGAAUCUGGAGGAUCUGAGGAGGGUCCAGGACUGUGCCAUCUGUUAUGAUCCAUGCCGGCCCUCAGAGCUUUGCGCCUUCAUCCAGGAGCCCCUGAGGCCUCAGGAGGUGGAUGUGGACCUGGUCAUGGUGCCCGACAGCUCCAGAGAAAUGCAGGCCGACGAGUACAUCGGAGUCCAGCAACUGUUAGGGUCUGUGGUGGAACAACUGGCUGUGAGCCCACAACCCAGUCGAGCCAGAAACCAGGCUCGGGUUGCUGUGGUCCAGCCAAGGAGUCCCGGGGCUGCUACUGUGGAAUUUGGUCUGCAGACCUACCAGAAUAAGGCCCAUAUGAGGACUCACCUGGUCCAGAAAAUGUUUCAGCAGAGCAGCUCAAUGGGGCUGGGGAAGGCACUGGACUUAUGCCUGAACGAGGUCCUUCUGAAGGUGACCCAGUCCCGCAGGAAGAGGGCUAUCAUGGCUGUGGUUGGCACUCAGACCGCCUACAAGGACCGGGCCCGGCUGCACUACAUGUCCCAGAAGACCAAGUGUGAGGGGGUGGCCCUGUUCGUAGUGACAGUGGGACACCGCUACAACCGCAGCCAGGUGGAGGAGCUGGCCAGUCCACCUCUACAGCAGCACCUGAUCCACCUGGACCACCUGAAGGCCCAUCAACAGGACUAUGCCCAGCGCUUCUUCAGAGUCUUCCUCUCAGCCCUCAACAGGGGAAUGAACACAUAUCCUCCUCCAUCGUUCAGACAAACCUGUGAGCAGCUGAGAAACACCGAAAAAGAACUGAUCUUCCAAGACGAAGUUGAGGGGUCGGCGGAGCCGUGGACCGACUUUGAUGAAGCGGUAACGGAGGGAUUUCAGGAACAGACAGGAUUCCAGCCUCUGAUUAGACCGACCAUUGCCCUAUCCAAAUCAGACCUGGACGAUUUGACAGAUUCAAACAUCCUGCUGAGCUCAACUGCACAGACUAAAACCUUAUUCUCAGGUCUUUGUCUCCUGAGUCAGGACGCCGGCGGCUGUCAAAACUACACUCUGAUGUGGUUCUUCGAUGCUGAGCAGGAUCAGUGCUCUCACUUCUGGUAUGGUGGCUGCGGAGGAAAUGAAAACCGCUUCGAGACGCAGAUGGAGUGUGAGCACAUCUGUCCGAGUGGGAUGCAAUGAGGAGGAUGAAGAUGAAGACAAAGAGGAGGAUAUAAUCAGGAAGAACAACAACGCUUACACAACAGUCAUUUACAGUCCAAAAGAUGCACCUGUUAUUUAGUUUAAGUUGUUGUUUUGUACUCGAGGACUUUGUUGGACAUUAUUUUCACAUCAUCUGCUCAACAGGAAUUGAAGAUGUCAAAGCUUCUCUUGGGAGAUGUUUUAGUCAUCAGGUGCUAAAGUUUUUUGUUUUUUUUUUCUUUACAGGUUUUAAUAUGCAGGUCAAACAGGUCAUCUGUAACACCAGUGUUUCCAA